CUGGCUUCUGCUGCAUAAGCUCAAGUGUUUAUAUUUCAGCGCAAGUAUAAUGUUAAUGCACAAGUGUUUUAAUGUAGUUCGCCUCAUUUGGCCUCUCAUAUUAUCUCAAGUUCUCUAUCUCACAUACAAAGGAAAUAGCGGUUAGAAUUCUGGGCAAGUCAUAAGACAAGACCCUGACAACUUAAGAAGAAUUUUACCAUUGACUUUAGCUUCCAAAAGGGGAAACUGUCAAGCAGUCAGCAUGCACCUGAACGCGGCACUCCAGAACGCCGAGCUCUGGUUCCUUCUCAGUUUAGCGUCCGGUCAUCUGACUAAAAAGCAGGCAUCAGAAAUCGCGGACAUUCAUAAUGACCUCCGCUCGCAGGUUCAGCCCAGCGCUGCCUUCAUGCAGAAAGUGGUGUGGGAUGAAGAUGUGCGUCUGGUGGCAGAAUCAUAUGCAGCAAAAUGCAUCUGGGAUCACAACCCUAAAUUCCUGAACCUCAUAAUGGGGCAAAACCUCUUUGUAACAACUGGAAGAUUGAAUAUAACCAAAGCAAUGUUGAAGUGGUUCGAAGAGAAUCGCGAUUAUGACUUUGAUAGCAACUCUUGUAAUGGAUUUUGUCACCAUUACACUCAGAUGGUUUGGGCGACCAGCAUAAAAAUCGGAUGUGCUGCUCAUUUAUGUGAAACCAUUAAGGGUCUGGAUUUUAAGAAUGCUACACUGCUUGUCUGUAAUUACUACCCAUCAGGAACUUAUGAAGGACAGAGACCAUACGAGCAAGGAAAGUCUUGUUCAAAGUGUCCAGAGGAACUGCCACUGUGUGCGAAGAACAUCUGUGGUAAUCUUGCAUCAUCUACUUUAAAUGAUUUCAAGUCAACAUACAUUUCAAAAUUGGCAUACCUGUUUAGUCAUUUAGUCUUUGCCUCACAUAACUUGACUCAAACCUUUAAACUCUGA